UCCAUUACUAGUUCAGAACGGAGUGUUUUUUAUUGUAAUUUGCGCCAAUUUCAAGAUAUAUCUAUAUAGUUCUGACUGGGUUUGCCCUUCAAUUGUAAAUUUUGUAGUAUUUUAUCUCAUAACAUGGCUUCUAUUAAAAAUUUUCUAUUUUGUGCUUUUAGAAGUAAGGUGUUGUGACUGGAGAGCAUCAAGAACAAAUUUAACUGGUGAUAAUGGUAGGCUAUAUAUGCUUUAAACGAUCAAGGUCCAGGUUGGUUAUUACACAAAGUACCUGAACAAUGCCAUUAGCUCAGCUUCCACCUGCAACAGUGAAACUGAUUGGAAGCAGUCAGGUCAUAACUUCCGUAUCGUCAGUUGUUAAAGAAUUGAUGGAAAACUCCAUUGACUCAGGCGCUGGUCAUAUUGAAAUUAAACUCGACAAGCACGGCCUUGAGAAGAUCGAAGUAAAGGAUGAUGGAUGUGGAGUGGCAAAAAGUGAUGCAACACUCAUGUGCUUAUCAAGCUAUACUUCAAAAAUCUCAGAUUUUUCUGAUUUGGAUUGUCUGUCAAGCUACGGUUUCCGAGGGGAAGCUCUAAGUGCUCUUUGUAACGUCGCAGAGGUCUCUGUAACAACUAAAACCACCCAGGAUGACACCGCCUCCUGCUAUAGUUUCGAUCAAAAUGGCCAAGUUAAAAGUUCAAAAAUUUCACAUAUUGCAAAAGGCACAAUCAUCACCGUGACUGCACUGUUUAAGAACCUGCCGGUGCGAAGACAGUUGAUGUCAAAUGCGAAGAGAGCCGCAGAGGAGUUGAAGAAGGUGGAGAAGGUUGUAAAGUCCCUGGCAGUCGUGCAUCCUCGGCUGCGUGUGACACUGGUGCACAACAAAUUCCUCAUCUGGCAGAAGGUCAGUGUCGCCAACCUGAGACAGUCGGUCAUGCAGAUUCUCUCGCUGAGCAUUGUCAAGCAGUUGCACCAUAUUCUGGAGAACUCUCCGCAGGUACGAGUGGAAAUGCUUGUGCCGAGUCGUGAUUGUGAUGUUUCCUGUAUGUGCUUUUCAAACUUUUCUGAAGCAUCUUUUUUGUUUAUCAACCAUCGUCCUAUACGCCACAAAGAAAUUGAGCAGGUGGUUUACAGCCGGUUAUCUGAAUACUUCGGUGUGUAUGUGCCUGCCAAGAAGUAUCCCAUCAGUGUACUGAGCCUUACAUUGCCUUCAGACUGUCUCGAUGUCAACUUGGAGCCUAAUAAGACUCGAGUUUACUUAAAAAAUCAGGAAGACAUAUUGGAUUUUAUUAAACAAUGCUUGCACCUUUACUAUGGAGAGGGAGCAAAAGUCGUCGAUGAAGACAAAUUGGCGGCAGCAAAAUCUAGCAGGAAAAGAAAGGUAGAGAGUGAGCCACAGGAGGUAGUAGAAACUAAGAAGAUCGUUCUGGAAAAUAAAUGUCAGAGCAGAGGCAGUGAAGAGUUUGAGAGUUCAAGUCAGACGACAACCGAGGGUUGUGUGAGCCAGGACAGUAAUAACACAUCGGAGAGUACUGCGAUCUUGUCCCAACAAGAAUUGGAUGACGCUUUCGAACGGUUUUGCUUAGAGAGGGACAAACAAAUUAAAGAGACUGAAGUAAAUAGUCCAUCCAGUACUGGAAAAGAGUCAGUUCCUGAUUCAAAAACAGUUGUAAACAAUAAUAACAACAAAAGUGUGAUAUCGUCAAAUUUUCUAAAUCCUACAAGAAACUGUGAUUCUACUCUAAAAGAUAAGACCAAUCAGUGUUUUACUAAUGUUAAACCAGUAUCUAGUGAUUUUACAAAAGAGAAUACUGAUAAAGCCGACUCUACUAGUAAUAAAAUCAAAGAAGUAAUGAGGAAUGGGAAUAGUUUUAUCGAAGACUGCUGUGAAGAACCUUCAUCAAGUACAGGAAAUACAGAUGAAUCUGAAAGUGUUUUAUUGUUAUCUCCACUUAUAAAAGAGAAAGCUGCUGAAGAUAUUGCUGAAACAGCAAACAAUGUUAUCGAGCUAAGUGAUGAUGAGAUAGCCAUUCAUCCUGAAAGGAGUAAAAACAUGAUUGAAUCAGAUGGAAUUCUAGAAUCCAGUAACAAAAUAGAAAACUCCAAAGUUGGAUUGUGUUCACCCACUUUGUCCCAGUGGAGCAGAGGAGAAGUGACCACCUCUACAGGCACUUUAGUUGAGGGACCCAGUGUGCUGAUCGACAGCCCUCAGUCUUCUCAGGCUCUUUCUAACAGAAGUGUAUCCAGUCAGAUGGGUUGCAAGGAAAUGGCUGCAUUCACCAAGUUUGCACGCUCCAUGAGGAAACAAAUUUUAGAAUCAGAGCCAGACAUGAGUUUCACGAGGGUGGCCCAGCAGUUACAAAUGCGGUGGAGAAUUUUGAACUUGGAGGAAAGGAAAAAAUAUGAGGAAGUCAUGGUUACCAAGAAAGAAAGCAAGCCUAACAAUGACAAAGAACAAAAAACACAGACUGUAUUAAAAGUUAUAUCCAAAAGAAGACCCAAUAUCGAAGUUGAAGUUGAUAUGCAAUCUCUGAAACAGAUGGUAAACUACUCAAAAGUAGAGCAGAGUGAAAUCUGUCUAGUUGGCCAACUAGAGGCGUCGCCGUUGUGGCUUUACCAUCACCGAGACUCAGGAAUGGGUGUCUUUAGUGUCACAAGACUGCAAGAGGCUGUCAAGUUCCAUCAACAUCUAGCCAGCUUCGCGUUGCCUGUCAAGUUGUUGGAUGAGUGUAUACCUUUUACUUCCAGAGAGGUGGGACUAAGUAGGUGGAAUCUCCUGUUGUCUCUAGAAAGAUCUCCUAAUGGAGUCAUCCGAGAUUCCCGACUGGUUAGCAACGGCUUCUUUGUAGAGAUAAUUGAAGCCUGUGCCAGUGAGGCGGAGGACGAGGUGCAUGCCAGGAUAACAUAUGUACCACAGAACAUAUCAUACUGCGGUGUUGAAGAGCUGGGGGAGAUCCUAGGACUGUUGGAGAUGCAUGGGCCACAGUCUACGCUCGCUCAGUGUCGUCCACUCAAAGUCAUCAGCUUUAUUAGGAGUGAAGUGAUGCGAGAAUGCAGUAGACUGGAGUUGCCAACCUGCCCUGACCGAAUAUCUCAGCUGCUCUCCUAUUGGCUGGGAAACGUGGCUCCUCACACACCCGAAUCUUGUAUACACUAUCACCCAGUCACACACCUGUUGGAUCCGUCUUAGCUCUAGGUUUUAUUGUAUCAUUAUUAUUUAUCUAUUUGUUAACUUAUACACUGUUUUAUAUAAAAGUUAUUUUUUACCUUGA